CCACCGCUCGCUCUCCCCUCUCUCCACCACCACCUCUGCUGCUGCACACCUCCUGCUGCAUCUCACCUCGCGGCCAGCGCCGUCCUCGUCUGGGCCGCCGUCCGCUCUCACACCCGCCUGCUGCGCCGCUCACUGCGCCGCUUCCCCGCACCCCUCCACACGCGCACCCGCUGCGCCGCCACCGCGCCUCCUGCCCGUCUGAGCAGCCGCUGCGCAUCCAGCGCCGGCACAGAGACGCCUGCCACUGCUACGCUCCAGCCCAUCCGCUGCUCACACCGCCCGCAGCCAUGGCGCCGCCCGAGAUGAUCCACAUCCCCGACCAGCUGCCGGUGCUGCCGCUGCCCUACCCGCUCGUGCUGCACCCGUCGCUGCUGCUCAGCGUGCCGCUCUCGUACGCGCACUCGCUCAGCCUGCUCAAGGCGGCGCUGCAGGCGACGCAGGACCCGCUGCGCACGUCCGAGAGCGCCGCCAAGGAGGGCGGCGACUCGCAGCGCCCCAUCAUCGUCGCCUGCGUGCCGACGCUGCGUGUGCCGCCCGGCUCGGCAAGCCAGCAGGCCAAGCCGUCGUCGACGCGCGACGUGGCGCUCUCCGACGAGGCCGAGGACACCCGCGUGCGCAUCAACGACCUCUACGACUGGGGCUGUGCCGCCAAGCUCGUGCGUCUCACGCGGCACCCGGCCAGCCAGACGUGCACGCUGCUCGUCACCGGCAUCUGUCGCGUCCGCGUCGACCGCUGGCUCAGCGUCCGCGCGCCGCUCACCAGCACCACGCUCGACCGCAACAUCACCGUGCCUGACAUUCCCGUACCACUCGCCGCCAUCACGACCUUCACCGACGACGCGCCCUUCCCGCCCUACAAUGCGUCGUCCUCUGACAUCGAAACAGCCAACACGCUGCGACACGCCGCCGAGGACAUCCUCGACGCGCUGACGCCGCUCGUUGCUACCAUCUCGCGCAAGCCGAGCGAGGCCGUGCCCGCCACGUCGACGCCCACCAUGCCGCUGCUGCCGCCCGGCCUGCUGCGCCGCAUCCGCACCUUCAUCAAGGACGCACGCGAGGGCCAGGCCGGCCUCGUCGCCGACGUGCUGGUCGGCACGCUUGGCGGCGCAUGCGAGUGGUCGGAGCGCGUGAGCGUGCUUGGCGAGUGGGACCCUCGGCAGCGUGUCAAGGCUGCUGCGUCUGUCCUCUCUGCCGGCGCAGCUCGCGUCCGUCUGGCACGCGAGCUGCUUGCUGCUCUCUCGGCACCGCUCGGCGGCGAUACCAAGGAGAGCCUCGCUCGCGCCCAGCUCGAGACACUCCUCUCGCAGCUCGCCGCUCUCAACCCCAACGUCACGGCCCGCAUCAGCACCGGCUCGAGCAACUUCACUAUCGGGCCUGCGAUCAAGUCCGAAAGCGGCCGUGGCGGCAACAGCCGCUCGAACAUCGUCACGAUCCGCGCACCGUCGCGUGGCUCCUCCGACGAUGCCUCGGCUGCGCCGCCACGACGCGCAGGUGCCAUCAAGGGCCCGCCUGGCGGCGGCAAUGGCGACUCGGAGGAGGAGGAUGAGGUGGCGGAGCUGAGCAAGAAGCUCGACGCCGCCAUGCUGACGCCCGAGGCGCGCAAGCUGUGCGACCGCGAGCUGAAGCGUCUGGCGCGCAUUCCGCAGCAGAGCGUCGAGCGCGGCGUCGUCAUUACCUACCUCGAGACGAUGGCCGAGCUGCCGUGGGACAAGACGAGCGCAGAUCUUACGCCCGUCUUGGACGAGAAGGCGCCGAAGGCCAUCACGGAGGCGGGCGAGGAGGGCAUUGUGGAGCGUGCGAGACGCAUCCUCGACGAGGACCACUACGGCCUCGAGAAGAUUAAGAAGCGUCUCGUCGAGUACCUCGCCGUGCUGGAGCUCAAGACGGAGCAAGCCAACGAGCGCGUUGCGGCCGAGGAGACACAGAUGCGCGAGCAGAAGGCUCAGGCGGCAAAGGAGGCCAAGCGCCAGCAGAAGGUCUCUGCGCCGACGGAGGACGACGACGAGGGCGAGCCGGAGUUCAAGCACCUCGAGGAUGCUGCGGAGGAGGAGCGUCGCAGCAAUGAGGCUACGAAGGAGGAGCGUCGCAAGCGUCGCAAGGCCCACGUUGCAGACAAGGGCCCGAUCCUGCUGCUUGUCGGCCCGCCGGGCACGGGCAAGACGUCAAUCGCUCGCUCGCUCGCCACUGCGCUGCGCCGGCCAUUCACGCGUCUGUCGCUCGGCGGUGUUCGCGACGAGGCCGAAAUCCGUGGUCACCGCCGGACAUACGUCGGCGCCAUGCCCGGCAGCAUCGCCUCCAGCCUGCGGAAGGUCGGCGUGAGCGACCCUGUGCUGCUGCUUGACGAAAUCGACAAGCUGGGCAGCGGCAAUGGCCACCACGGCGAUCCGAUGGCCGCCAUGCUCGAGACGCUCGACCCGGAGCAGAACUUUGCCUUCAACGACCACUAUGUCAACUGCCCGAUGGACCUGAGCCGCGUGCUCUUCAUCGCCACGGCCAACACGCUCGACACCAUCUCGCCGCCGCUGCUGGACCGCUGCGAGGUGAUCCAAGUCUCGGGCUACACGCACGACGAGAAGGUGGCCAUUGCCAAGGCCUACCUGCUGCCGAAGCAGACCAAGGCUCAGGGCCUGCAGCCCGACGAGCUCGUCGUCGGCGACGAGGUGCUGCUCAAGGUGGCCAUGUCGUACACGCGCGAAGCGGGCGUGCGCAGCCUGGAGCGCGAGAUUGGCGCGAUUGCGCGCUACAAGGCCGUGCAGUAUGCCGAGGCGCGCAAGGGAGCAAAGGACGCGGAUGGCAAGACAAAGGUGUAUGACCCUGUCGUGCAUGUCGAAGACCUGGAGACCAUCCUCGGCGUCGAGAGCUACGAGCCUGAAGUGGCCGACCUCGACGCUCGUCCGGGCGUGGCCACGGGUCUGGCCUACCAGGGCUCGGGCAGCGGCGGCAUUCUGCACAUCGAGACGCUGCUUCUUCCGCCCGGCAACGGCAGUCUCAAGCUGACGGGCAGUCUCGGCGACGUGAUCCGCGAAUCCGCCGAGUUGGCGCUCUCCUGGGUCAAGGCGCAUGCCUUCCAGCUCGGCAUCACUUCGGCGCGCGACGCUGAGUUCCCGCGCAACGACGUGCAUCUGCAUCUGCCGAGCGGCGCCAUUCCCAAGGAUGGCCCUAGUGCAGGCGUGGCCAUGACCUGCGCACUCGUCAGUCUCUUCACCCGCACGCCUCUCAGUCCUACGCUCGCCAUGACGGGCGAAGUGACGCUGCGGGGACAGGUCACGCCCGUCGGCGGCAUCAAGGAGAAGCUCCUCGGCGCCCACCGAGCCGGCAUCAAGAAGCUGCUUCUCCCCGUGCGCAACCGCAAGGACGUCGAGGCCGACCUGCCGGCCAACGUGCGCGCCGAGCUGCAGAUCCACUACGUGCGCACCAUCUGGCAGGCGCUCGAGGCGGCCUUUGGCACGGCGCUCUUUGAGCAUGCCGCCGGCUCGCACCACGAGGGCGUCGUCGAGGGACGCAAGAUGAUGAGCGAGUUUGCCGAGUCGCGCCUUUGAUCAUCCGUCUCGCUUUCUUCGCACUUUCCCUGCCAUUCUUGCGUCUCUCACUUGCCUCCUCAUGACUGUAUCACCGCCUUGCCUGUCUACUACCCCC